AACUAAUCUACUGUAACAAUAACACAUGAUAUAAUGAAUGAUAGUAUUUAAUAUGCAGUAUAUAACAUAUAUGCAACAUAUAUAAUGAGUGCUAUAUAUAACCAAUGCUCAUUUCAAAUUUGACAGAAAAAGUCCAAGAUCUCUGCAUCUCGCAAGCUGAUGCUAAAGAGUCUUAUGGUAGCUAAAGCAAAGGAUGACUUAGAGCAAGAGCUGGUCGAUAAAGAGGCAGAGAAGGAGAGAUAUCUGGCUGAGAAAGCUCCUCAGAUACAGACCAGUGGGAUGUCUUUCGCUGAGCUUCAGGAGCUGUGUCGGGAACUACACGCUAAAAUUGAUGUGGUUGACGAGGAGCGCUAUGACAUCGAGGCUAAAGUGCUUCACAACACAAGAGAAAUCAAAGAUCUGAACAUCAAAGUCCUGGACCUGAGGGGCAAAUUUAAGCGACCCCCCUUGAGAAGAGUCCGAGUCUCAGCUGACGCCAUCCUGCGCUCUCUGCUGGGCUCCAAACACAAGGUGUCCAUGGAUCUGAGAGCAAACCUCAAAUCCGUCAAGAAGGAAGACACAGAGAAGGAAAAGACAGUGGAGGUCAGUGACUGGAGGAAAAAUGUGGAGGCCAUGUCUGGAAUGGAAGGAAGGAAGAAAAUGUUUGAUGCAGCGCAGUAAACAAGAAAUCACAAUCAACAUCUGCAAACAUGCAAGAAAUCAGGGUGGGAUGAAGUAGAGGAAGUGACAACGCUGAUUAAAAAUACAUCCCUCGUUUUGACGUGCUUCAAAAGCUUCAAAUCCACAUGAAAUAAACUAAGAUAUAGGAAUGCAUUCAUGCUUGUCAAAUACAAAAUCAUUUGUCAGUGUGUUCAAUAAGUGUCAAACUAAAAGCCCUGCGAUGUGAAACGUGUCAUAAGCAUUGUACUGUAAAUAAAUUGUGUAAUCUCCA